AUGGAUGAGAGGGGGUUUGCACCUAAAUUAAGUGAUGUAGAAGACAUAGCGAAUUAUAUCCUCGAAUCGCGGGGUGCGAAGAAGGUUGGAAAGCUCUGGGCUCAUUGCUUUGUUAAACGAUGCCCAGAAUUAAAGAUGCAUUUUAAUCGCGUUUAUGAUUUUCAAAGAGCUCUCUAUGAAGAUCCCAAGCUUAUUGAAGAGUGGUUUCGAUUGAUAUCAAAUAUGCAGGCGAAAUAUAGUAUUGUCGAUUCCGAUUUCUAUAAUUUCGACGAAACCAGCUUCAUGAUGGGUAUAAUAUGCCCUGGAAUGGUUGUAACUAGUGCUGAACGAAAUGGCAGAAGCAAGACAAUACAACCAGGCAAUCGAGAGUGGGCUACGGCAAUUAUAUGUAGCAAUGAAGAGGGUGAAACUAUACCUCCAUUUCUGGUAGUUCAAGGACAAGUUCAUCUUUCCAAUUGGUAUACCGAAACCGAUUUUCCUGUGGAUUGGGUUAUUAAACCUACUUCCAAUGGAUGGACGAAUAAUGAGAUAGGGUUAAAAUGGUUAAAGCAUUUCGAUAAACAUAUUAUUCGUUAA